AUGUUCCCCGUAAUUUCCAGCUGUCGUCUUUGGUGGUGUAGCCUUCAGAGGAGAAUCUGCCUGAACCAACCAGUUGUAAGCAGGCAGCACUUUCAGCAUUUGCACAUCCGAGUUGGAGACCGGGCUGAACUCAGCAGAGCCUUCACACAAAGGGAUGUGGUUGCCUUCUCAGAACUAACAGGGGAUGUUAAUCCUUUGCAUUUAAAUGAAGAUUUUGCAAAGCACACCAAGUUUGGAAAGACAAUUGUGCAUGGAGUUUUGAUCAAUGGACUUAUUUCAGCUCUCCUGGGGACAAAAAUGCCAGGCCCAGGCUGUGUAUUUAUUUCCCAGGAAAUUCACUUUCCAGCCCCUUUAUAUGUUGGAGAAGUUGUUGUAGCUUCUGCAGAAGUGCAAAGGCUGAAGCGGUUUAUUGCGGUUAUUGCUGUGUCAUGCUUUGUAAGAGAAAGUGAAAAGACUGUUAUGGAAGGCUGCGUGAAAGUUAUGGUCCCAGAAGCUUCCAAGCCCUGAAAUAUGUGUUUAAAGAUGCAAGUUCAGGCAUCAGUGUUACUGUUACUGAAGAGCCUCUGAGAGGAAAACGGAUUGCUGCUCUUCAACAAGGAGUGGCCAGCAGACCCAGCAGCCCACAGUGGGGGAGGGCAGCAGGUAGCGAGGGGUUCACAUGUCCACUUUCUAAUUCGGCCUUAUGUUUCAUACAGAUGAGUCUAUUUAUCAUCUAAGUUUGUAAAUUUGAAAAAAUAUGGGGAAAGUUAUCAUUUAGCUCAAGGUUCUAAUUUUAGGAUUUCAAACCAAGUUAAAUUUGCAUUUGGAUAACACAAACUUACCUAUAUCUGCAUAGAAUAAAUUUCUCAGUGAAUUUAUAGCUAGGUAGCAUUUAAUUUUUGACAGCAAUUAGAAUAGGAGUUGGGUAAUCUUUGAACACCUGUCUUUACCAAUAAAUAUUUAGAUACUGUUCUUCAGUAGUUUCUGGGUCAGAGUAUUUUGUAAUUUGUUACUGUUUAUACCAGGAUGGCAUCUUGCUUAACUUUCAAGUGGAACGUGCCUCUCAGAUGGUUUCUUGUUAUCAGAGAAAGAUUUAAACUCAGUUAUGUAAACUCUUGGUCUAAUCUACAAAAUGGGGGUAAUGACACCUACCACAGGAUUGUUGGAGAUACAAAUAGCAAAGCACAAGCCCUAGCCUGUAAACAGUAGCUACUACUAUUGUUCCUUCUCCCCUGUGAAUGAGGUUAGAGGUUUUCCUGAGUUUAAAGCUAACUGGCCUGCAGGUAAACAGGCCAGUCUUUCAGGAUGUCAACCAAGCUCUUGGUAUUUUAAACCUGGAAUAGUUCUUGAGUGCAAAAUUUCUAUUUUAGCAAUCCAGGUUAUUUCUUCCUCCCUUGAUAAUGUGGAUCCCCCCUGUAUAUAAAUAAUAUAUACCUAUUGUAAAAAAUUUUAUAAGAAAAAGUAUAAGGAACACCGUGGAGGCCACAUUCUUCAGAAUUGGGGGGCAUUAAAGAGAAAAUGUGCCUAAUGUGUUAGUAUUCCAUAGUCAUCCCCAACACAGCUAAUCCUUUUAAGACAAUCUCUAACGGAACAUGCAUGUGGCCCACUUGAAUGACUCUGACCAUAGCUAGAUGCUUUGAUCAGGAAAGUAAGAUCAAGUGUAAUUGGUUGGAUCAACCCACAUUUCCUGGAAAAGGGUUUUUUCUCCUGCUAGUAGAUCAAUAACUAGAUUUUUAUUUUAGUUUUUUACAUUAAGGGGAUCAGUUAAAUGGGUUACUUGAAAGAAUUCUAGUCACUAGAGGGCAGUGAUGUGUAUAAAGUAUUUUUAAACUUGUUUAAUAUUGUACCAUACUCUAGUUUGUGACUGAAGUAAAAAUAAUCAAAAUCAAUGUGAGAAACAAGGGUGCCAUUCUCAUGCAUUUCAGAGUGGGCAGCAUUCACAGGCUCAGAUCCACCGGAAGAAGGCUUGCUGAUAGAUAAAACACUGCACAUGUUGAAAAUUUGAUACACGUUGAAAAAAUGGGGAACUUGCACAAAAUGUGGACUGAAGCCCACAUUCAAAUUCUAUAGAACUCAUUCUCUGACUUAGUAGCAGUCUUGAAAUGGAGUGUGAUAUCAUCAUUAAUACUAAUAGCUACCAUUUCUUCAAUACUUGAUGAGCCUAUUUUCUACAUUAAUCCUUUGAACAACUUUGUGAAGUUAAACUUAUGUUGUCCUAUUUUAUAGGCAAGGAAACAGACUAAUGCUGUGUGACUUGCACAGGGUUAUACAGCGGUAUGCAGGAGAGCUGGGAUUCAGACGGUCCUGCCUGGCUCCAAACAUUUCUUUUUUACAUCACCCUGUGUCUUAUAAUGUUCCCAUUACUAAAGCAAUGUCAGUUUCUAUAAUAGUAUCUUUUUAUGGCCAUUAAAAGUAUCUGGAGACAUCAUUCUAUAGAAUUUUUUCUUAUAUUCAGAAUGUUCUAGAUCUUAUUCCCUGCUACAGUUGUAGCAUUUUCCUCUAUACUAUUACUUUAUGCCUUCCACCCAUACCUAUUCUUGCCCUUUUUCUAAGUUGACAUUCAGUGAUUAUUUGUCUCCAGAGCAGAUUUACUGAAAGAGUUAUUCUAAAGAUGAAAAAUUAUGUGCAGGCCAAAUAUUUGGAGGUGGGUGGGAAGGGGUGUCAGAACUGGCUGUUAGCUGAUUUAUAUUGUAUAACUCAAAAGUAUUUUCUCAAGCUCAUUUCCUUUUUCUUUAAUGCUCCCUAGGCGUCAUGAUCUUUGAUCUCUAUAAAUCAGUACAAAGUUGAAUAGAUGAGUAGGCAAGAAGUUGGGGAUGCUUCUCUGUAAAUGAUAAUUUGUUAUUUUUACUCAGAGCCAAGAUUUUCAAACCAGCUAUGUUAAAGCUGGCAGUAAGAAAAACUAGC